AUCAAUAUUUAAUCCAACUGAAUAUAGCCUAAACCUGUCAGUAACUUUGUAUUGGGAGGUUAUAGUUAGUGUGUAUUCAGGUCAAGUAAUGUUAAAGACUAACCUUAAUGGCCUUGGACAAAACAAAGUUUAGAAAGACCGCAAUGAACGGCCUUAAAGAUGAAUAGAAAAACACUACUAUUUUUGGCAGGGGGAAGUUAACUUUUGAGGGAAUAAGGUCAGCCUUGCGUAUGCAUCGUAAAUUUUCAAGGUUAACCAAACUUGGGUAAAUAAGUUAAAAAUAUUCAUAGUUGCCACCAGGAAUAUGUAUUUUGUGAUGAGAUGUACUGAGUGUAUAAUGCACCUUUUGCUGACCUCGGUAAUGUUCACACCUGCCCACCAGAGGCGCCCUCGUGUACACUUCCAGAUUAGUUUCUGUGGAUCCCUUAAUAGGAUUAUCUACUUACUCGGAAGAACCAUAGGGAACGACCACAGUGGAAGGACAACAUUUUAGAGUUUACUGCACUGUUAAUUGAAUAGGGGUUCUUCUUUGCAAUAACUCCUUUGGGGUCAUUGUAGGGUACCCACAAGUUUUUCCAGAAAUGAUCAUUGAGAAUUCUACAGAAACACAACACACUGGUAAUCAUCUCACCAUGGCAUGCAGUGACAGUGAUGAAGAAUACUGUCAAGUGGAGCCUCCUGUUACACCUUGGAGCGACCUUUCUAUUGUAGAGCGAGUUGGCCUGAACACCACACAAAUGUCAGAGGACGAAAUCGAGUCCGCCUUUUGCCAGAUUACGUUGGCCUUCCGCACGGACCAGUACACCCUGAAACAGAGGCUACAGGCGGAGGAGCGCGCCCGUAACAUGGCUGAGGAGAACAUAGAGCAGGAGCUGAGCCGAGGGAGAGAGACCCUGGGGGACCUUAAGGCUCUUUGCCUGGACAUCAGGCGCAGCGCGAUCCUACAGAAGCUGGAGCUGUCUCUGGACAUCGUGGGUGGGACCGUGGGGCGGAUCUCCACCACCGCGGAGCUGCUGGGCUCAGUGCACCAGGAGGCGCGUAUCUGCAGAGCGGUGGAGAUCAUGGUGUCUCACGUGGAGAAUCUGAAGAGACGCCACGAACGAGAAGGACUGGAGUUGGAGCAGACCAAGAAGCUGGUCCAUCGCAUCUCCCGCAGAUGCCUCACCGAACCGGGAACCCCUAUAGAUGUUGAUGUGAUGGAACUCCAAAAGCAGGACCAAAAUACCUUCCAGAAGUACAAUGGCCGCCGUAGGGUCAGCACAUCCAUCAUCACAAAAGAAUCCCAGGAGAAGAGAAAGCGAGACCUGAAGAAGCAGUUGUCCCUGGGUGAUGGACAUUCCCCCUCCCCCACCUUCAGCUCUGAGUCCAACUGGUCCGUCGACCAGUACUUGUUGGAUGGCAGGCUGCUCGUGGAGGCAGAAGAGGCUCCUCAGGGGUUGGCCCUGGUCCGACCUGUCCGGAGUCCGUCCCCGCUCCCCGACCAUCAGAGUCCUCCACCUCCUCCACCUCCUCCUCCAUCCGCAGAAGAAGCAGCCAGGAAGACCCGCAGCAAAAGUUGUACAGUGGAGACUGUACUGAGGCAGAGACACAGGGGCAGAGCCUCAUUCUCAAAGAGGAAGGGAGUCAACCAUUUCCGGUCUUCUAUAAGCUCGCAUAGCGCAAAGUUGAGACCAUUCCCUCUGGCUCACUGGCUCGUUCGCUCCCGCUGGGCCAUCCUCUACGUUGCUCUCCUUCUGAUUCUCUGUGCCGCAAUGGUGACCCUGUUCUCAUAGAAACUUCACAAGUAAAUUAUUAAAUUAAUAUUUUGAGAAUUCCAUUAAAUUCAGAUUUUCUUCUGUGUGGA